GGCACCCAUUUUUUUUUCAGUUUGGUGAGAUUGAUGAAUUAUAGCAUUGGUAUGACCCACUUAUGUCAAUACGCUUUGAUAUCAGGCGUCAUAGCAUUGGUAGAAUAUCAACUGAUUGUGUCAUCCAAUAUGGUAACUGGAAUUUCACAACUUCUCAUACUUAUAAUUGGUGAAUUCAUGGUAUGUUCCGCGGGCCAAAAUCUUGAGGAUGAGAGGGAGGCAAUGGCGGCUUCUCUUUACCUGACACCUUGGUACAAAUUACCUCCCGAACUACGGAGCACUUUCACAAUAUUUUUGGCAAAAAUGCAAAUGCCGCUGCAUUUUGAAGCAAAACCAAUUAUUCACCUCAACUAUGAGUUUCUAAUGAAGGUUUUGAAAGGGUCUUACACUUUCCUAAUGUUCCUGCAGAAAAAAUCUUCACAAACAUCUACAUAUAGGUGAAUAAGAGAACGAAUGC